AUGUCAUCCUCGUCGGCGCUGUCGCCAGAGGCACAAGCAGAUGCCCUUCUGCUUCAUUAUCUCUCACCGCGUGAUGAUCGGCGUGAGAGUGUAUGGACAGAGUCGUACGCGGCCAAUGUACGUGAACGCCGAGCCCACGCGCUGAAGGGCCAACUGUUUAUGGAUCGUCUCUUGGCCGACGCUGGCAUUGAAGCGUCCCUGUUCCCUCCUACCUCUGCCUCGGACACAUACAUCCUUCUGGUAGAGAUCCUGACGUGCGACGCUCCUGACAAACUCAAGCAAUCGCUUGUGUAUUACCUUGGCUUGGAACACCAAGCCCUAGAGCCACGCGCUAUGACAGACCCGCAUAGUGUCACAGGCCUGGUCUCGUACAUUCACGCUUCAUCUGGUACGUGCUCGGAGACGCAGGCGUACUGGGCUGUCGACCAUGGCCAUCUCCAGCAAGCCGUUCUUGCUGGGCGCCAUGCGCGUUUCGUAUCUGUUCUCGCCGAAGUCUUGGUAUCAUCCCCUGCUUCUCUUCUCCAGCUGUACGAUGUCCAAGGCUCUUUGCCUCCGUUGGAUGGAAAGCCUACAGAAGCAUCUUUGCAAGACUUGGUCCGCAUCACGGUGGCCUUGGCGCACGUCGAAGGCCUUGCCUCUGCCUGGAAUGCGUGCCGCGUGAUUUUGGAAGGACAGCCAGCGGAAUAUGCACCGAUUCUACGAGAGCAUAUGUUUGGCACAUUGCUACGCUUAUGCUUUGCGCCGCCGCAGGCCCCCUUUAUCCGCGAAUUGCUUAUGCUUCCUUUGUAUACGGUGGAAGAGCGAUUCUGGGAGACGAUGGCCCUUUCCACGAUGAAGAAGAACGAUGCUGCGAUCUCCCUGGACACACUCCUUAUUAAAUGGGUCAACCAAGGCCGCUAUGUCGAUGCGAUCCAUCUGGAUCGGCGCGCAUCGCAACUAGAGAGGACGAUGGCGUUUUCCGACAGCGACAGCGAGGCGUUCCAGCGUACACGCCACCGACGCCGUGCACUUCUCGAUGGUCUAUGGGCCAUCCUUCCGAAAGUCCAGCGUGAUGCACUUCUGGCGCGUGAUAUUCGUCCGGAAGAUAGCCAGGAGGACAGCGAUAUGGACGUACAAUCGCCGCCACCUCGACCUCAUACUCCGUUGAGUGCCUCUUUGAGCAGCAAGACCAUGUCGGAGGCUAUUCCAUCGUCACCAGAUAUCCAGCUUCUUCGUGCAUCGAUCCGCGUGCCUUCUGUCACAUCGAGUCGCGACUCGUCGCAGCGUCAUGCGUCGCCUCAGGUCGUGCGUAUGGAACAGUCGCCCGUCCCCCACAACAGCAGCCCCUUCUCUGGUUGGAAGCGGCCUGGUCCUUCGGCCCAGCCGCCGCCCUCAUCCUACGUGCCUCGUGCGUCGUGGGGCGUACCUGUUCCCCCGCCGGCGGUCAACGCAGAGGAUGCCGCGAUGGACGAGCGAUCGACAGAGAAUGAAGCACCGCGUGUGUCCGAGACGGCUGUAUCGGAAACGGAGCCCAUGGAAGAGAUGCAGGACGAUGUGCCCGUGUCGGCGCUUGCGGACGAGCACAUGGAGAGCGAAGAGCCGCCUGUAGAGGCACCUGUACGUCGGCGCGGUGGUCGUCGUCGUGCUGCACAAAAAGCAACAGAGGCGCUUCGUAAGACACUUCGGCCCGAAGACGCCCAUCCAUCGUUGCCUGGCAGUUUUCCGAUGGACGAGGAGGCGCCUUCGGCACCUCCGAGUGAACCAUCCCGGGCGAAGACACGACGCUCCGCACGGCGGUCUACGCGAAAAGGACCUGAUGCCACGUCCGACGAAGUCGGUGAGAGCGACGCUGCCGUACCGCCGGCACGCUCACGACGAGCCUCCACUGCGGACGCUUCUGCGUAUCCUCAAAAGUCGCUCGCUCGAUUGCAAGCGUUGCACGAUCACCGGCCUAUUGCUCGUCGCACACGCGCACAGACGGCUGAGCUGGAAUCGCAUGGAUCGCAGGCUAGUACAGAGGCAGGGGAAGGCGACGAGGCGUCGGAGCUGGAGAGCGAGGUUGCGCCUACCCCGUCCCGUCCUCGUCGGAAAACCCGCGAACCUACCUCGCCGGUAGCCGCCACACCCCAGCGAGGUACACGUACGUCUCGGCGUCGUCGUGAAGGCUCUCUAGCUGCUGCUACUGGGUCGCGAACCACUCGGCGUGGAGGAGCAUCGCAUGCCGAGUGA